ACUCCACUGAGGAAAGGGCUCAGUGCGACUCUCAUAGAAGUUGGCUAUUGCCAAUAAGAAUCACGGCCUAUUUAUGACAAUCACAUGAUUUUUGUCAGGGAGUCAAAGUGGUCCGCAGGGGUCACUGGGCAGACAGAGACAGAGAGCGGCAAAGGGAGUGAGUGGCGAGGGGGUAAGUGAUUGUUGUUGAGGAAAAAAAAGGAAGCAUGACUUGACGGGGGAGAGGACCUGAGUUCAUCCACUUUCUUGCAUCUGGGCAGUGCGCUUGGAAAUGAAUGGAGACCAAACCGGUUUAUCAGAAGAAGACUGCAGCUAAAACUGGUUGAUGCUUUGUUCACCAAACUGCUGCAGCCGUUGUUUGACUUCUCAACUCAAGCUGCUGGAAAAUCUCCCGAGUCUUUUUUUAUACAAAGGUGAUCCACGGAGAUGGCUUUGUUGCGCCUUUUUCCUGCAGAAAAGAUAAACUGGACGCGGUGGUUGACUUUGUCCUUCAUCUGUUUUGGCACAUCGUGCAAAAGCGUAGUUCUGAAUAAUGGUGCAGACCGCCCUGAAUGUCAAGGUGCCUCGGCUGUUCUUCAGUCGCUUAAUUUACCUCAACACACAGAAUACGAAAUAGUAACCCCAUAUGAGGUCAACCACCAUGGUGUGUACAUCUCCCAUGAAAUCGUCCAUCAUAAGCGUAGAAGACAUCGUCGAUCCCUGACUCUAGAUGCACAACCUUCAGACACUGGUAGCAGCAGUGAAACAGUCCACUUCCAGCUCAGAGGCUUGGGCCAGGAUUUCCACAUGGAGCUGAGGGAGACUUCGGAAAGCCUGAUUGCACCUGGCUUCAGUGUCCAGGUCCUGGGAGGAAACGGCACAAAGAGCCUGAGGGUCUUCCACCAAGAUGACCAAUGCUUUUACCAAGGGUCACUGAGGUCAAGGGUCAACUCCUCAGUGGCACUGUCCACGUGCUUGGGGAUGUCAGGUCUGAUUCGAACAGAGGAUGCAGACUACAUCGUGAGACCAGUGUCACUUAGCCUAGCAGAGAGGGAGAACUUCACUGCUCCUGUCAGUCACCAGCCACACAUCCUCUACAAAAGUGAUGGAAAUACUUGGUCAAAGCAGAGCUAUCACAAGCUUCGCCAUCUUCAGAAGAGAUCCACUGAUUCAUCUCAUGACACAUCAAGCGGAAGCUUACCCUCCUCAACUCAGGCCACUGACAAGGCAUAUAAAGGAGAUCAAUACAGACCUCUGCAAAUGCAAAAAGAUUACAUCCAUGCUUAUCGGCAUGACAAAAGUAAUGGCAGAAGUCAUGGAGACCAACUGAAGCAUCGAGAAAGCAGGCAUCGCAGACAUGGCCAUCGCAGUGAUUACAGACAUGGGGAGAAGCAGAGGCAACACUUCUGUGGGAGAAGGAAGAAAUAUAUGCCUAAACCUCCAGAGGAGGAUGUUUUUAUCCUUCCAGAUGAGUAUAAGUUUGUCCCCAGGAACAAACGGGCAGUGCUGAUGAAGACUCAACCCAAUCAGAAGCUCAAUGUGGAAACGCUUGUGGUAGUUGACAAACAAAUGAUGGACAACCAUGGCCAUGAGAACAUCACUACUUAUGUUCUUACUGUGCUUAACAUGGUCUCCAGUCUAUUCAAAGAUGGCACAAUAGGAGGCAAUAUAAACAUAGUUAUAGUGGGUCUUGUUCUUUUGGAUGAAGAGCAGGAUGGCUUGGUAGUCAACCACCACGCUGACCACACUUUAAACAGCUUCUGCCACUGGCAGUCAACUCUUGGGGGCAGAGAAGGCCGGCACCAUGACCACGCCAUCCUUCUCACAGGAUUUGAUAUCUGCUCUUGGAAGAAUGAACCCUGCGAUACCCUUGGCUUCGCUCCAAUCAGUGGGAUGUGCAGCAAGUACCGCAGUUGUACCAUUAAUGAAGACACUGGCCUGGGUCUGGCCUUCACCAUUGCACAUGAAUCGGGACACAACUUUGGCAUGGUCCAUGACGGUGAGGGCAAUGUUUGCAAAAAGUCAGAGGGCAACAUUAUGUCCCCAACAUUAGCCGGUCACAACGGUAUCUUCUCCUGGUCUCCUUGUAGUCGCCAGUAUCUCAGCCGCUUUCUAAAUACUGCCCAGGCUUUCUGUCUAUCAGAUGAGCCCAAAGCAGUCAAGGAGUACCAGUACCCAGAGAAGUUGCCAGGGGAAUUGUACGACGCAGACACACAAUGCAAAUGGCAGUUUGGAGAGAAGGCCAAACUCUGCACCCUUGAUUUCAAGAAGGAUAUCUGCAAGGCUCUGUGGUGCCACCGUGUUGGGAGGAAAUGUGAGACCAAAUUCAUGCCAGCUGCGGAAGGCUCCGCCUGCGGCCCCAAUAUGUGGUGUCGUAGGGGCCACUGUGUGAAGCAGGGCGAUGAAGGCCCCAGGCCUCAGCAUGGUCAUUGGUCAGAUUGGUCAUCGUGGUCUACUUGCUCUCGAAGCUGUGAAAGUGGUGUGACCUAUCGAGAGAGGCAGUGCAAUAACCCCAGACCUACCAAUGGUGGAAAGUUCUGUGAUGGCUCCUCUAGAUCAUACAAACUUUGUAACACUGUGGAUUGUCCCCCCAACACUGCUGAUUACAGAGCAAAACAGUGUGCUGAGUUUAACAGUAAACAGUUCAGAGGAUGGUACUACACCUGGAGACCGUACACUAGAGUAGAUGAUCAAGACGUAUGUAAGCUUUACUGCCUUGCUGAGGGUUAUGAUUUCUUCUUUGCCCUGGCCAGUAAAGUUAGGGACGGGACACUUUGUUCGAAGGAUAGUUCCAAUGUCUGUAUUGAUGGACUGUGUGAGAGAGUGGGGUGUGACCGCGUUUUGGGCUCAGCAGCUGUGCUUGAUGCUUGUGGUGUAUGUAAAGGAGACAACUCCACCUGCAAGAUUUAUAAAGGACAGUACACAAAGCAGCAUUAUACUAACCAGUACUAUGGGGUCGUAACCAUCCCAGCAGGAGCUCAGAGUAUCUGUGUCAUGGAACUGAAUACUUCCAAUUCCUACCUGGCUGUCAGGGACACCCUGAGACACUACUACCUUAAUGGCCGCUGGACAGUGGACUGGCCAGGGCGUCACCACAUUGCUGGAACAAUUUUUGAGUAUAAGAGACCAUAUAACAGACCAGAGAGUCUCAUAUCAGCUGGACCUACAAACGAGACGCUGGUAAUAGAGAUAUUGUUGCAGGGCUGGAAUCCUGGCAUACAUUGGGAAUAUUCUCUGAAGAAAACUGAUGAAAAACUGAUGAAGAAUCAUAUUGAACACAGUUAUUCAUGGGCUAUCAUACGCUCACAUUGCUCAGCAACUUGUGCUGGAGGACAUAUGAACACCAAGCCAGCAUGCUACAAAGACAUGAGAGUGCAGGUGAAUGUGUCAUACUGCAAUCCCAGAACUAGACCAGCAACUGGAAUGAUGCCCUGCAACACCCAACCAUGUCCUGCCAGCUGGUCUGCAGGAGAGUGGGGGGUAUGCAGCCGGAACUGCGGAGGAGGGGAGCACACACGGCAGGUUCAGUGUGUCCAGAAGACCAGUCAGACCAAUGUGGACACCCUGCCAGAUUCUCAAUGUCCACAUUCAGCCCCAUCAUCAAGGCAAGACUGCAACACACACAGCUGCCCACCAGUUUGGACCACGGGGCUGUGGUCUCAGUGUUCACGUAAGUGUGGCCAUGGUCUAAGGAAGAGGAGUGUGCUGUGCACAAGUAGCAACCCAGGUGCUCAAACACACACGCUGCCUGACAGCGAGUGUGCAGGCCUGCAGAAACCUGCCACUCAAGAAUCCUGCUUCAUCAAACGCUGCCAGAAACAACGUAAGGUCCAAUGGUUUGUCUCCACAUGGCAAGAGUGUUCAGCAACAUGUGGUCGGGGUUAUCAGGCUCGCUUCAUCAAGUGUGCUGAAAAGGACACUGCGGGAAAAUACAGAGAGCUAACUGCUAAAAAGUGCAACCAUGUCCCUGAGCCCAAAGUGGAACUCCAGAGGCCCUGCAUCCUAGCAGAGUGUCCAACCCGCACCACUCCACCUGUCCACCGAUGGAGGACUCCUCACCACCCAUAUCCACCUCAGCCUCUCCCUCAAGCUCCACCAUCAGCACAGUGGUACUCAUCUCCUUGGUCUCAAUGCUCAGAAACGUGUGGAGGAGGAGUGCAGGCCAGGACAGUGCAGUGUCAGAUCCAGGGAAAGCCCUCUACUGGCUGUGUCCUUCAUCUCCGACCCUCGUCGUCUCAGGCCUGCAACACAAACUUCUGCCCACAACCAGACAAGAAAGAUCUGGCUUGUAGGGAUUACUUCAACUGGUGUUAUCUGGUGCCCCAACAUGGAGUUUGCAGCCACAAGUUCUAUGGCAAGCAAUGCUGCCACUCCUGUUCAAAUUCCAACCUAUAACCAUUCAAAGUGACUGUUGGUGGUGCAUAUGUAGCUAGAUAGUCAAAGGACUAUAUUGAUGCCUAUGCUUGAAAAUAUUUGUUUUUUGUUAUAAGCACGUGGCAAGCACUGAAAAAAGUUUAAAGGUGCAAGAGAGUUGCGGUGGCUUUUGUUCUCUCUGUGAUGCCGGACAUCUGAAUAAUCUUAUUCUGACAAAAGAUUGGAAUGCAGUGGAGAAGAGACUUAUGGGAAGGAAUAAGAUGCAAACUAAUGGGACAGAUGACUUCUACAGGUCCUUCUCAAAAUAUUAGCAUAUUGUGAUAAAGUUC